CGCCAACCAGGUGAACAUGAAAACGCUGACAUAACAGAAGAUUUAGUUUACCUGUGAUAAGUAAUCUGUGAUCGACCCCAAGCAUCAAUGGCUGAGUCCAUUGACCCCGAAAGUAUGAAAAAACUUGCUAAGAUUGUUAAACAUCGAAGUAAGAGACUAGUAAGGACAAGGUCACAACUUAAGGCUUUAAAUGAGUUAGACAAUUUGCCUUUGGCAGAACUCAGGACAAGACGGGAAGAGGAUACAUCAAGGGACUCGGAACUGGACGAGAUGGCCACCUCAAACGUGUACACAGAUGUUGAGAAUCUUCUAAGUCAGAAUCAAGACCACUCACAGGAAGCUCUUAACAAAUCGCUGAUGCUAGUCGCUAAGUCCGGACGGAAGCUUAAUCUUAUACAGCUGCUGAAUCGUGGCGCCGAUCCUAACACCACGGACAAAGAGAAAAAUACCCCUCUUAUGUUCUGUGCUCGUCAAGGACUUCUCGAAAUGGUCAGAAUUUUGCUGAACAAAGGUGCGAACGCUUCUAUGAGAAACGCCAGAGGAGAUACAGCUUUAAUAUUGGCCAUAAGGAUGUCCGGCUCAGCAGACAUGGCUCGCUUGUUGUGCCGUCAUGACAACGUGGAUUUAAAAAAACAACAGAGGGUACACAGCUCUGAGGAAAGCAGUUGA